AUCUCUCUGUUGUCUGUUCGAUUCUUCGAAUCCCUAGGAAAAUUCAAACCUUUACGAGCAUCAUCGUUUACAAUGGCGGAUGCUGAUGGACUCAGCUUCGAUUUCGAAGGCCGUCUCGAUUCCCGACCUGUCCAUCCCAAAGCUUCAGUCCCGGUUGCUCUGCCUGAAAACUCUUCCUCCGCCGCUGUUAAUGUAGCACCGAGCUACGAUCAUUCCGCCGCGACGGUGGCUAGAGCUGAGAGGGGACGAAGUUUCCGGCAGAAUGUUUACAGAAAUUGGCUUCGAUGUCUGUGUAUGAAACACAGAGACGAUGAGAAUGACAGGUUCUGCAGCAGCCGAAGUAAGUUAGAUUCGAUCCCUCUUCAAUCCAAGGAACGAGAUCGUAAAAAUGAGAAAGACACAAGAUCAAGUAAGGUAGGUCCGAUUCCUCUUGACCUAGAGAUUGAGAUACUGAUUAGAUUGCCGGCAAAGUCUCUAAUGAAGUUCCAAUGCGUGUCAAAGAUGUGGUCUUCCAUCAUCCGAAGCCAGAGAUUCGUCAGUUCCUACUACGCUAUGUCCUCCACUAUGCGAUCGCAUAGGUUUAUAAUCGCUUUCAGUAAUGGUGAAUCAGCCAAGAGGGAGGACAAGCGUUUGUUCAUCUUCUCGUCUUCAUACGAGGGAGAUGAAUCUUCUUCUUCUUUGGUAACCAAUCUCGAUAUGACAAUACCUUCCGUGACCGUGAUUUCCUUCUCCACCUGUGCUUCUGUCCAUGGCUUAAUCGGGUCUACUAGGAGUGGUCCGUUCGUUGUCUGUAACCCUUGCACAGGGAAAGUCACUAUGUUACCCUGUAGCGGAACACACACAUCCUUCGGAUACGAUCCUGUUGAUGAUCAAUUCAAAGCAUUGACCCAGGUGUCCCCUUAUCCUUACCAGGAACCUAAUGUUCUAGUGCACGAGGUUUUAACACUUGGAGGAGGAGAACCUUCAUGGACACGCAGUAAGGUUACCACCCCGGUUUACUACACUGCAACUAGAAAACUAUGCAUCAAUGGUUUCGUGUAUUUUGGUGCUUGGUCCCCUAGAAAUAGAAUUGAUCCGGUGAUUGGGUGUUUUGAUGUUAGAUUUGAGAGGCUAAGUUUUAUCAAAGCGCCUAUGGCUGUUGUUUGCUUGGAGGGUGAAUCGAUAUUGAUAGAAUACAAAGGAAAGUUAGCUGCCAUUGCAAGGCAUCCUUAUAAACCUUUCCAUAGUUUUGAUUUAUGGAUACUAGAGGAUGUGAAGACACAUGAUUGGUCCAAGCAAACAUUUAAGCUUCCCUUCUCUUUGGGGUUGGGUACGAAUUUAACUUCCCCAGGAAUCAACAAAGCUGGUGAAAUCAUUUUUGCCCCAAAAUGUCUGUCGCGAGAUGUUGAACCCUUCUACAUUUUCUACCACAAUGUAGAAAGAAAUGACAUCAGAAAAGUUACGAUCAAAGGAAUUGCAGACGAUAGAGAGUUUAGGCGCAGAUAUGGACUUGCUGGGGAUUGUUGCGUCCACAUCUCACCCGAUCACGUUGAAAGUAUUGCCUCUAUAUGAUGUGCUUUUCUGUAUUUCUGGAAGGAUCUUAAUAGAAGAGCUUGAAAAACUCUGAUUUGUUAUCUUAGGACUGAUGAUUUGCUUUUGCUGACAUGUAGUAUAGUUUUAGUGUUGUUUAUAUUUGGAGUGUUUUUGUUAUCUUGUCUAAAUUCUUAGAAAGUAUAGAAAUUCCAAAAGUAAAGGAAUAACAUACCA